UCAAUUUUUUUAUACAUAAAAAGUAUAGUUAUACAUAUCUGAAAAAUUCUUUUGUAUCGGAUACGGGCUAUAUUCAAAAACCGGAAGGGUAAACCGGAAUGGCUGUGAGUGGCUGUUGUCGUUCCAGAAUUCUUAUUCCGGAUUUUCGUUCCAUCGAUGGGACCGCGGCCUAAAGCAUUUUCGGAUCAGCGAAGGGAUCAGCUGACACGAAGUAACGUGAAUACAAAAUGGUAGUGUUGAAUGUAUACAUAUUAUAUUAUACAACGAUAAACAAUAAACACUGUACGUUCUCUCUAUCAUCGGACUCAGAGCACUAAGCACUGCACGGCGAGCAUAUAGCUCAUGUAAACAUAAGAAUAUUUAUAUUAAACUUAUUUUCCUAUUUAACCACGGCUCAAUUUAUUUCGACAGGAACUUUUUAAUUUCGAAAUAUAUUGCUCCGCAUGAACAAUUUUAUUUAGUUUUUCAACAAUGGCUUAUAAUUUACGCGAAAGAGUCAAUCACAUUGGAUAUUAUACUAAUCAAAUAGUUGCAACUAAUAAUCUACCAACGAUAAAACAAGUACUAGCUGCUUUAUUCUAUAACCUACGAAGAGUUUCAAAGUCUGUACGUGAAAGUGCGAAGUUAACCAUUGAAGAGUGUAUCAUUAUUUGGAAGAAAGCUCGAAUUCCUACGCAAGAAGAUAAAAAAUGUGUCAUUAAACUGGAGGCUGAAUAUGAAAGAUGGAGAAAAAUACAAAGAAAUGCUUCACGUAGAUCAGACACUCAAAUAAAAAAAUGAACAAACAUAUAAAGAAAGCAUAAACAAAUUAUUUGACAUUGCUUGCGCAGAUGCUUUGAAGAAGAUGGAAGACGAAUCUGAUAAACAGUUUUUACUUGAUCAGACAGCUCUGCAAAGAAAUGAAACUCUUAGUUCCAGUACCUCAACAACUUAUACAGACACAAGUAAGCCAUCACCAAUGGAAGUGGACUAUGAAAGCCGCAAUAUUGUAAAGAAUGAAAUUUCGGUUACCAUCGACCAGGCCAAGGUAGUCGAUGCUUCAUUAAAAAUGCAAAAGGAUGAUUCUCGUAGUAUGGUGACAAAAGAAGAUUUACAUGAAUUGCUUGAAACAGAGUCUGAUCUCCAUUAUUUGAAAGUACACCUCCUCUGAAAAGGCGAGCUACUGAACCAAUUAUGACUGCGAAAUUGGCUACAGUAUUAGAUAAAUGUAAAAUUAGUAAAAGAGACGUAAUGCAUUUGUUGAUGGCCGCUGCGGAAGCAUUCAGCAUUGAUACGCGCAAUUUAGUAUUACACAUCAUAUAUUCACAGGGCUCGUCAAAAUUUUCGCAAAGAACGAUAUGAGGCAAUUAAAAAACUUGCUCCACCACUUUUUUCUGGUUUACCGAGCACCAUCCACUGGGAUGGAAAGUUGCUUCCAGGAUAUUUACGAAGAGAAACUACUGAUAGACUAGCGAUUAUUAUUACAAGUAAUGGAAUGGAGCAUCUCUUGGGUGUUCCAAAUAUCUCUUCUAGUAGUGGAAUAAAUCAAGCUCAAGCAGUAUUCGAUACUUUAAAUGACUGGUCUUUAUUAGAAAAUAUUGAAGCUCUUUGUUGUGAUUCAACAGCUAGCAAUACUGGUCGAAUAAAUGGAGCUUGUGUGUUAUUAGAAAGAUUAAUCGAUAAAGAUCUUCUCUAUUUUAUCUACCGGCAUCAUAUUUACGAGCUUGUUCUAAGAAGUACUUUUGAAAUAAAAUUUGGUAAGACAACUGGUCCGGAGGUACAAUUGUUUAAAAAUUUUGGAGAUUUUUUGCUAGAUAAAAAAGAUGUUGAAGUAAAAUGUAGAGACGUUUGCAUUUUUAUAGUAAGAGUCUACGUUCAUGCCUGGUUUUGUACUCCAUUUGCUGCUCAAGCACCAAAUCAAGAUUUAAAGUUUUUAAAGUGUUUGUACGAAUAUAGAAGAAUUGAUGAAAGUAUAUCUGACUGUGCUGUUAGAAAAUGUAUGAAUCACUUGUGGUAUUUGACUCCGCAACUAACAGCACUAGCAUUUUUUGACUUUACUAUUUCAAAUGAAGAAAAGUUAAAAAUGUGCGAAGCUCUACAGUCAAAUUCUAGUGCGUUUGUUUAUGGAAAACAAAUUUUAGUCAAUGAAAAAAAUUUGGAUAAAAUAGUGAAUUCAAGUAUUAGUGAUUUUAUUUGCAAAGACACUUAUGAAACUUUUAGACGCUUAAAAAUUGACACAACUUUUUUAGAAAAAAAUCCAUCAAAAUGGGCCAAUGAUAGAAACUACACUAAUGGUUUGGAAGUUGUUAAAAACCUCAGAGUCGUGAAUGAUACAGCCGAACGAGAAGUAAAAUUGAUAACUGAAUUCAACAAUCGUUUGACUAAAGAUGAAAAGCAAUUGCAAUACCUAUUACCUGUAAUAAAAGAUUAUCGAAGCUUGUUUUCAGAUAGCAAGAAGGAAACGUUGAUGCGGCCAUAUGAAUGAAUAUUUUGUUUGAAUAUACUAUUAGAACAUUAUUGUACUGUUUUUUAAUUUUUACCUUCAGAAUCUCGCUUCGACAGAUCGUUUUUCUUUAUCUCAGCUUAUAAAUUUUCUUUUAUUUUUUAAACUAAUAAGUUUAUGUGAUUCAGUAGUUCAAAGUAUAAAUUAAUAGAAAAUAUUACAAAUCAGCUUUUUGGCGUUUUUACCGUGAUUUUCGAGAUUUUUGAUGAUUUUAACUUCUUUUCUCGAUUGAAUCGGCAAAAGCCAAUUACACCAUUCGUUUAAUGAACUCAAAAUACAUAAAAAUGUAUGUUUUUGAAAAAACUUUCCAACUUAUCACUAAUUAUAAACGUUAACAGUCCAUUUUUUGUCUUUUGCGUAAAUCAACUGAGCCUAUUUUAUCACCGCUUCAGCUCUUUCAAUGGGGUAAUCAAUCCAUGAAAAAUAUGAUAUUAUUCUUUUAUAGUAAACAAGAGCAUACAAAAUCUCAGAGAUUUUUAAACGCAAGGUUCAAAAAAGCUCCUGCAGUACCUCAAAUAUCAAAACAUCAUUGUUUUAUCGUGGAAAAAGGAAAGAUUCUGUUAUCAAAGAGAUACUCUAAUGCUUCAGAUGGAUUAAAUCUUAUUUAUAAAACAUGAAACUUUACGAAUGAGGGAUGAACGCAUCAGCUCAUAAUAUUUCUCCAAUAUAAAAAUCCGCGAUGUUCCAAUUUUCACACUGCUUCACGGACUUUAAGCGAACUCGCAUCAGUAAGACCCAUAUAACCUCGAUAUUGCUAUCUCGAAUGAAAUAACUCUAACACCGAAUUUAUGAAAAAAAACGUCCCUGAUAAGUGAUUUCAAGACGUUUUCAGAAUCGUUAUGGAAAUUACAUUACUAUUACUGACCAUGAGUGCAUACACCAUGCCCCUUUUAAUUUGCAAGGGCCUAAUUUUGUAAUAUUGACAUUAAAAUAGAAAUUGCCGAACUCACAAACCCCUCAGCAUCAAUUUUUGAGCCAGUCAAACGAUUGUUCACCAUUUUGUAUUGCAAGGGCCUAUGCGGCCGCCAUAUUGGAUCCACCAUAUCCGUCCGCCAUUUUAAAUUUUACAUUUUGACAUCAGAAUUGUAAUUAUGAACUCCAAAAACCCCUGAGUAUCAAAUUUAGAGCCAGUCAAAAGGUUAUCUUCUAUUUUCAAUUGCAAGAGCCUAUACGGCUGACAUAUUGGAUCCGCCAUCUUGAAUUUCAUCAUUUUUAGACUUGAUCCAUAUUUUAUGUCAUUAAUUACUUUUGCAUAAACAUUUUUAGCCUGAUGCGCUCAUUCAUUUUGAAUAAUUUCUGUAAUGAAGCUAAAGUCCUACAUCAAGCCGUUGAAUUAAGCCGCCAUAUCGUGUCAGCCAUUUUGAAAAUCGAAAAACGCCACUCG